AGAGACACACGAGAGGCAGGCAAGCUGGCGAGACGAGGGAUGGAGCCACGGGCGCUCAUCACGGCGCUUAGCCUGUGUCUGAGCCUCUGCUCUCUGGGGCUGCUCGUCACGGCCAUCUUCACCGACCACUGGUACGAGACGGACCCUCGGCGGCACAAGGAGAGCUGCGAACGGAGCCGCGCGGGCGCCGACCCCCCAGAUCAGAAGAACCGUCUCAUGCCACUGUCCCACCUGCCGCUGCGGGACUCGUCCCCACACGGCCGCAAGCUGCUCCCUGGCUGGCGCAGCCCCGCGGCCCCUGAGGCGGCGUCGGCCGGAGGAGGAGGCGCUGGCAGCUCCGGUGGCGGCGGUGGCGAGAGCGGUGGCAGUAGCGGGGGCAGCAGCCGUGGCGCCGGGCGGCCGGAGGACGAGCUGCUGCUGCUGGAGCACUGGCGGUCCCUCCUGGGGCUCGGCGUGCUGGAGUCCGAAUGUGGCCGCCCGCUUUUCGCCACCUACUCUGGCCUCUGGAGGAAGUGCUACUUCCUAGGCAUCGAUAGGGACAUUGACAACCUGAUCCUCAAAGGUAUUGCCCAGAGAUGCACAGCGAUCAAGUAUCACUUUUCUCAGCCAAUCCGUUUGCGAAACAUUCCCUUUAAUUUAACCAAGACAAUCCAGCAAGACGAGUGGCACCUGCUUCACUUACGAAGAAUCACAGCAGGCUUCCUGGGAAUGGCUGCAGCCGUGCUCCUCUGUGGUUGCAUCGUAGCCACUGUCAGUUUCUUUUGGGAGGAAAGCCUGACCCAGCAUGUUGCAGGACUACUUUUCCUUAUGACAGGGAUAUUUUGCACUAUUUCUCUGUGCACUUAUGCUGCCAGUAUCUCCUAUGAUUUGAACCGGCUCCCGAAAUUAAUUUAUAGCCUGCCCGAUGAUGUGGACCAUGGCUAUAGCUGGUCUAUAUUUUGUGCUUGGUGUAGUCUAGGCUUUAUCGUAGCAGCUGGAGGACUUUGCACUGCCUACCCAUUUGUUAGCCGGACCAAGAUUGCACACCUAAAGUCUGCCAGGGACUCCACAGUCUGACUGUUUCGGUACAAAUGCAGUGCUCACCAGCCUGUUUUGGGCUUUGAGGACUUCUGAAAAGCGUCGAGUUGAAACUCAAGUGUGGAAUCCAAGCACAAAUGGAACCUUUACAUUCCAGCAUGUCUUCUGCCAGCCAAGAGGGAGGCAAGAGAGGUCCUACUGCUUUUCCUGGAUGACUGGCAUCAAAGAGAAAGCCCACAGCCAUUCUAUGGACAUGAAUCCUGUGGAAUAAAGUGCUUUAAUGAAUGAA